AUGUCUACAGGUGAGGUAAAAAAAACAGAAGAACCUUUAAUAUUUCAUACAUAUCCUUUAUGUAAAUACAGCGACAUGCGGGAAGAAAUGAAACAAGAAGCAAUGGAAAUAUGCGUUACUGCUACGGAAAAAUAUCCCGAUAAUCAUGAACUUGCAGCACGAACUAUUAAAGACAGUUUAGAUAAAAGAUUUGGGGGUUCGUUUCAUGUAGUUAUUGGAGAAUCAUACGCUUGUGCAGUUACGUAUCAAACAAUGACGUUAUUAUAUAUGUACAAUGCUGGUAAUAUAGCUAUUCUUGUAUGGAGAACAGUUUCAACUUUUUGA